GGAUGCUGACAUCUGGAGUCUGCAGUUGAAGUUGAGCCACCCUGUUCAGGGCGAUCAAGCUUGGGAGCAGAAUUUAGGGGUGUGCUCUGAGAGCGCUUGUGUACCCUAGCCAUUGCUUCCAGGCUUGCAGGAAGUCUCAUUCGUGUUGCUUCACGACCUUCUUUGUGAAGGAGGAAGAGGGGAGUAGGCAAGAGUGAAAGCCUGAGAGCUAUUUGCUUUGGUGCGAAUGAGACCAGAUCGAGACGAAUGCCAAUCAUAAGCACCCCACAAGAAUAGGGGUUGGUGAAGGGCCACCUUGAAGUAGGCGGUCCAUUUAAAGACACUCGGAUCUGCUGCCCUUUGACAGUCCAGUAGGAGAGGGCAAUGGCGGCAGGGGGGACCAGAGCGCGCGCUGAUUAUGACUAUCUCAUCAAAUUGCUGCUGAUUGGGGAUAGCGGUGUUGGAAAGAGUUGCCUGCUUUUGCGGUUCUCAGAUGAUUCCUUCACGACAAGCUUCAUCACCACAAUAGGGAUUGAUUUCAAAAUUCGUACAAUUGAGCUGGAUGGGAAGAAGAUCAAGCUCCAGAUAUGGGAUACGGCUGGUCAAGAACGAUUCAGAACCAUCACAACAGCUUACUACCGAGGCGCCAUGGGCAUCUUGCUGGUCUAUGACGUGACUGACGAGGCAUCAUUCAACAACAUCAGAAAUUGGAUCCGGAACAUUGAGCAGCAUGCAUCUGACAACGUGAACAAGAUUCUCGUUGGCAACAAGGCAGAUAUGGAUGAGAGUAAACGGGCUGUCCCCACCGCCAAAGGCCAGGCGCUGGCUGACGAAUUUGGAAUCCAGUUCUUUGAAACGUCGGCCAAGACCAACCACAAUGUGGAGAACGUCUUCUUUACGAUCGCUCGGGACAUCAAGGAGAGACUGGCUGCGAACGCUGACCAAAAGACAGAGGCACCGCAGGCGAUCAAAAUCAAGCCUAACAAAAACGACAAGCCUCUCAAGACGAAGUCGUCAUGCUGCAGUUAGGCGAGAGGUAACAAAGCUGGAUAGGUCCAGCUGCAAAGAGCGCGGUAGUUAUAGUUGCUGUGUUGGAUAUGCCCUCGCUGUGGGUGGUUAAUGUCUUCUGAGCGAACAAACCAGCUUUGUAGCUAGUCGAAUGCCAGAUAAUAAUGCCUUGUAUGUAUAUGUUCCCGGCUCCUUCCUUUCUGCGCUUAGUCGAUUCAGGCUGCCUUCGGCAAAUGCGGUUUUCAGUUGGUUCCGUUGUUUUAAGAGACAGAGCUGCAGAAUUGUUUUGCAAGCUUGUUCCUCCAGCUGAAAAUCAGUUUUUAAAACUGGUAUGGUUGGACCUACGAAACUUCUUUAAAUAGUGCCGCUUAGCUCCACUGCCUUAGCUCGGUGGUUCUGGAGCCGAGCUGCAUUUGCUUUCUCAUAU